AUGAGGCAGAUAAUGGCAGCAUUUCAUCAUGUUCUUUGCUUCCUAUCACUUAGCUUCUUGCUUGCUUGUGUUAAUGCCGCCGGGAAGCCAAAUGGUUUGACCAUGGAACUUGUCCACGUUGACUCGCCGGCAUCGCCUCUCUAUCCUGGCAACAUUUCUUAUGAAGAAGAAAUUCAAAGACUCGUACACCGAUCCAAUGCCCGAGCUCAAUACCUACGCACGUUGGCAUCUGUUUCCCUCAACAACCAUAACAAUAUGUCACAAACUGUAAACCCUCUUGAUAUUCGUCCGAAACUCGAAUUUUAUCCUUUUGGCUCUUACCUUGUACAAGCUGGCAUAGGGACUUUUGAUGCACCUUUCCCGGCAAGGCCGUUCAAAACACUCUACUUGUACAUUGACACUGGAAGCAGCCUCUUAUGGGUGCUGUGUGAGGAUUGUAAAAAGCCUGGAAACCAAUGCUUUCAAACCAGGGAACCUCCUUUCCCUAACAGCCAGUCCAAAUCUUAUAUCCCUCUCUGUUGCAAUCAGCACCCCUUUUGCAAGCCAAACGAAUGCGUCGGUCCCUACUGCUCCCAGCACAUUGAGUACGCGGGCGGCCACAUAGGGCACCAAUCACUACUCCAAUUAUCGCAACUAAUUGGGCAGCCGCAGCCGGUUCCAGGCGUAGUGUUUGGUUGUGCUUAUGACACCAGAAGAAUGAAUUUUGGUAGGCAGGAAGACUUCAAGGUUUCCGGACUAUUGGGUUUGGGAUAUGCUCCCAGUUCCUUUCCAGUGCAACAAAACUAUCUUACUGGUGGAGUAUUCUCACACUGCCUAACACGCCGAAGAGAUGUUCAAACAUUUCUCAGAUUUGGUAGAGACAUCCCCACACCACCAGGCGGUCUGCGUGUCACGAGAUUAGUGCUUUUCAAAGAAGUACCAUUAUACUACUUGAAUCUGUUGGGCAUAAGUGUGCAUGGACAGGAGCUUCUCAUAGAUCCGUUGGUGUUUGCUAUACGAAAUCAGGGCACAGCAGGAGGGUGUAUCAUGGACAAUGGUUCCUCAUUUACUUUUCUCAUCACGCCUGCUUUUAAGGCUCUGGUUCAGUUUCUGGAGAUGUAUUUUAUGCGCUAUCCUCGCUUAUUUAAGUCUCCUGGUCCUCGUUCACCCUCGUUUGAACUUUGCUAUAAAUGGUCGACGCCGCCGCCAGUUGAGGUGCAGCUGCCAACAUUGACAUUUCACUUUGAAAAUGCUGACCUUGAGGUAAAGCCGCCGGAGGCAUUCAUAACGGCGAAGAUUGAUGCGCAGGGGAAUGAGGCUUUGUGUUUGGCGUUCCUGCGAGACGAUGAGCGUACUCUCUUUGGAUCAUUCCAGCAAUCGAAUUACAGAUUCAUAUAUGACCUUAACAGGUGGCAGUUGAAGUUUGCUCCUGAGGAUUGUGCUAAGAAUUCUUAA